CGGCCAGCGGAUGCGACGAACGGCAAGGCGCUGCUGCUCUUAGGCAUAAAGAGGCUGUCAAGCUCAUGACACUGUCACAGGAGCCGGGGACGUCAACUCUCUCCAUGCGCUUCUGCUUGGGAAGUUUGGAAGAUCACUAGCGCCUUUAUAUCGCCUUCUAUUGCAAUUCUAAGACGUGACGUAUAUCUAUAGCCCGCUCGUGCCUGCUCUUUUGCACUAAGACGCAGCCUGCAGAUCGAGCCGCAGGAAUGGGGCGCCGUGGAAGUCUGGUGCUGGCACUGGCACUCCUUUGGACAGCUGCCGAAGCCUGCGACUCUGGAUACAUCAGAUGUGCCUCUGGGGACAGAUGUGUCAAACUUGCGUAUCUCUGUGACGGUGACAACGACUGCGGUGACAUGUCUGACGAAAACAUCUGUUCGGUAACCAGGACAAACAGACAGCUGAAGCAUCUCGAGACAAUUCCAGGACAGACAAGCACCACAGGGAUGAUGACAACCACGUACGAGACCACACUUCCUCCGACCACCACUCUUCCCCCUCCUCCCCCGCCCAACAACGUGGAGGAGAGCGAGGCGCUGGGUCAGAGGUUCGCUCGGACCUUCAACGACACGCUCCACCACCCGAGAUGCCCCAAGCUCUACACCAGCGUCGGGAACAAGUGCCUCUCCCUCCUCUACUUCGUCAAGGUCGGCUGGGGGGAGGCAAGCGCCCUGUGCUCGGCCAUCGGCGGGAAGCUCGUUGCAUAUCCUUCGGCCUCCGAGGGAGAGUUCGCUGCCCUCCUGAAGUACCUGCGGGAGAUACAGAUGACGACGGACUUCUGGGUGGGAGGCCGGUACACGAAGGACACCGAGGCCUGGACGUGGCUGGACGACGCCCCGAUGGACCUCGGCUCGCCCUACUGGCCGUCAGACACACCAACAGCUGCAGCAGCCGCCAGCAGGAGUCGGCGCCACACGCCAAGCCUGAAGACGUCGCCUACUGGACCAACACUUCGGCCUGCUACCACUACGAGCAGGCGCCGCGGCGCGACUCCCAGCAGCUCUGCGCCGCCGUCACCUUCCGCCACUACUUCUACAUUAGCGACGAGGACUGCCUGGGCGUCAGGAGCCCUCUGUGUGAACAUGUUCCCAGCACCGCUCAUGACCUCACGCUCGCUGGCAGUCCGUGAGCACCUGAUGCUUUUCGAAAGGAAAACUUGCCAGAAGUAAAAUGCCUUUGAUAUAGUUAUGAAUGAAUUCUAUGAGCAACCAUCCUGUAACGCUUUUUCAAAUUAUAUGAUUUUCAGUUUAGCUUGUUUCCAGUAAAAUCCACACCUAUUUUUAACCCAUAUGCAAUUGCUUUGAUAGAAAGGGUUAUGUCAAAUGAGAAUCAGUUUACGUAGCAUGAAAUGCAAAAAGACGUUUAUCUUUUCAUUUCUUUUAAAGUGACAUUUGAGUGCAUCGUAAAGUUAAAACAUUCUUACAGAAUAUUUUAUAAGAUAAUGAAAUGCCCUUAAUAAAGCAUCGUCAGUGUGUAGACCUAUC